GCAUUUUACACAGCAUUCCCUUUUUUAAACAGUUAUUUGUUCCUGUGAGGUGCACUGUACACAGCUUCCUACAGCAGAAACACUGAGCUGAUCAACCUGAAAGUGAGCGUUCGGUGGUUAUUUGGAAAGGUAGCUCUUGCUAUUCGUUCCCGUGCAGCUUCCUAUAGCAGAAACACAGAGCUUAUCAUUUUUAACCUAUCAACCUGCAAGUGAGCCUUGGUUGUUAUUUAGAAGGCAGUCCCUAUUUUUCUUCUAGCAAACUCUUGCUAUUUGUUCCCAUGUGGUGGUGUGCAGCUUCAAAGUGCAGAAAAAUAGCAGUCAUCAACCUCCUACUACAGUCCUGUUAUUAGGAAAGGCAGCAUGGCUUUCAGAAUCUCUGAAUCGAAAAAAGAACACAGAAAAAGAAAAGUUACAGAGGAAGGAAGAGUGUUUAAAGAAAAUUGGACAGAAGAGUACUUUUUUGUUGAGGCAAACAGUAAAGCACUCUGCUUAAUUUGUGGUGAAUAUGUGCAAGUUUUCAAAGACUAUAAUUUAAAAAGGCAUUAUAUGCAAAAACAUGCUGCAAAAUUCUCUGUGUAUCAAGGAAUGUGUCGUAAGGACAAAGCAAUGGAACUUAAGAAAAGUCUGUCUUCUCAACAAAAUUUUUUUAAAAAAGUUAUUACUCAGACAGAAUCUAUUGUAAAAGCUAGUUAUGUGGUAACAUAUUUAAUAGCAAAAAAAUCAAAACCAUUUACUGAUGGUGAGUUUAUUAAGCAAUGUAUGGAAAGUGUGGCAGACAUAAUUUGCCCUGAAAAAAAAGGGGAUAUUUCUAAAAUAAGUUUGUCACACCAGACUAUAGCCAGGCGAACAGAAGACAUUGGAAAAUCUGUUGAAAGAUGUUUGAAGAGUAAAGCUGCUAAAUUUAAAUAUUAUGCUUUGGCAGUGGAUGAAAGCACUGAUGCUACAGAUACGGCUCCAAAAAAUAUGUUAAAUAGAUAUUCUCUGUCUUUUGUAAACAUAUCUGGUAUAGUUACUGAUGGUGCCCCAGCAAUGGUAGGUAGAAGAGAGGGACUUGUAAAAUUAAUCGAAAAUGAUGCAAUUGCUGCCAAAAACUCACAUUUAAUGAAGUAUCAUUGCAUAGUACAUCCAGAAAAUUUAUGUGCAAAAGCUUUAAAAAUGGAUAACAUCAUGCAAAUAGUGAUAAAGGCUGUGAAUUUCAUAAGGGCCAAGGGCUUGAAUCAUCGCCAGUUCCAGGAAUUUCUUAGAAGUAUAGAUGCUGACUGUGGUGAUGUCAUUUACUUCUCAGAAGUAAGAUGGCUAAGUCGAGGCCAAAUGUUGAAAAGAUUUUAUGAUUUGCGACAUGAAGUAAAGUCAUUUAUGGUAUCAAAAGCAAAAUGUGUGCCUGAACUUGAUGAUGAAAACUGGCUUACAGGUUUAGCAUUUUUAGUGGAUUUGACCUCCCAUUUGAAUGACUUAAAUAUGCGUCUUCAAGGUAAAAACCAGCUUAUCAACACAAUGUUCCAAGGCAUAACAGCAUUCCAAACGAAACUAAAAUUAUGGGAAGAUCAAAUUAAGGCAAACAAUUUUAUGCAUUUCAACACAUUGGCCAAACAUGUUCCUGUCAACACUGAAAAAUAUGCAGCCUUGCUUUAUGAUUUGAUACAAGAAUUUGAAAAACGUUUUCAGGAUUUCAGGGAAAAUAAACAACAUUUUGCUAUAUUUGCAACACCAUUUUCAGUUGACAUAAAUAUGUUACCUGCCAAUUUUCAAAUGGAAUGCAUUGAGCUGCAAUCUGACUUCCAGCUUAAGGAAAAAUUUGAUCAUGUGUCUUUACUGGACUUUUAUAGGUCCUAUCUUCCCAGAGAUAAAUAUCCCUCACUUCACAACCAUGCCUUAUUCCUGUCAUCACUUUUUGGCAGCACCUAUAUUUGUGAGCAACUUUUUUCAAGAAUGAAGCACACUAAGAGUAAAAUUAGAACCAAAUUAUCUGAUGAGCACCUUGAAUAUUCACUGAGAAUUGCAACUACUUCUAAUCUAAUGCAUCAAUAUCUGGUUCCAUUGAGCAGUAGUUUAUCAAGUCAAGUGGAAUGUCAAAAAUUCCAUUAGGAUGGUUUGUUUUGCUCUCUUUUCUUAUGAAUGAAGAAUGAAGCACACUAAGAGUAAAAUUAGAACCAAAUUAUCUGAUGAGCACCUUGAAUAUUCACUGAGAAUUGCAUCUACUUCAAUGGAACCAGAUAUUGAUGCAUCGAUUAGUUGUUUAUCAAACACAAUCUCUAAAAUCCCACUAGGAUGGUUUAAUUUGCUCUUUUCUUUUACUUUUUUUGUAAAGUUUACCAGUAAGCUGCAGGCUGAAGCUAGCCUUUCAUUAGGCAGGAGAAGAGCCAUGCAGUUUUUGGAGUUGCUUGCCACAAAAUUAGAACCAAAUUAUCUGAUGAGCACCUUGAAU